AUGAAGUUUAAUGGCUCUUCUACAGCAAACUCGGGAGGCGUAGGAGUGGUCCUUUAUCAUGAAGGAGAAGAGACCGUGGCACUCUCAUUCGAGUUGGAGUUUCUAUGUUCAAACAAUACCACAAAAUACGAGGCCUAUCUCAUGGGGUUGGCAACAGCCCUCGAAAUGGGGAUCAAACAUUUGAAGGUGAUAGAUGACUCCAAUCUAGUGGUCUACCAAGCUAAGGGGAGUUUCUCUUUAAAGGAACCAAGUUUGGCUCCGUACAGGAUGCUGGCUCAGAAAAUGGAAGAAAAGUUUUCCACAUUUGAGAUAGAGCAUGCUCAGAUGAGCGAAAAUCAAUAA